AUGUCUGAUAUCGCGCUCCUGAGCUUGGGGACAGUCCUCAUCGACCACUUCAAAUAUCACAACUCAGAAGGGGAUUUCGAGCGAGAAGAGCGCCAUGUUGGCGGGGGAGGGCUAUUCGCGGUAGCUGGCGCGCGAAUAUGGUUGCCUGCUGCGCGUAUCCGCAUCCCUGUCAGUGGAAGAGAAAACCAAGAGCUGAUGGUCGCGCUUGUCAAGCUCAGCACAAACGACGAAAUGUGGAUCUGGGAUGACGAAGAUACUCUCGAAGCUCUGAUAGAAUACAGAGGUGUCGAGCGCAGGCAAGUAUCUUUCCCCUUUCGCUACGUCAACCCACGUCCACCGCGAAUGCUCUCAUCUGUGCCACAAAGUAUCGCUCAGGACGCUCAGUGCUUGCACUUCUGCUGCAGUCCAGACGUUCUGGCCGAGAACAUAAACCAUGGAAUUGUUAUCCCUGGACAGCUCCUCGUCUACGAACCCAUUCCGCCGUCGUGUAUCGCAGCAAAUCUCGAUACUCUGCGCAUCCUCCUGCCCGACAUUGAUAUCUUCUCCCCCAAUCACGAGGAAGCAGAGGCUUUCCUAUCCGAAUCUCUACCCCCAGGUAGCAUCUCGGCGUCACUGGUAGAAGAGAUGGCGAUUAAAUUUGCCUCUUACGGGGCUCGGACAGUCGUCAUUCGCUCUGGCGCUCGAGGCUCGUACGUUCUCAAUGCCGAACCGUCGUUGGGCGCGCAGGAAAGUCGCUGGGUUGACGCGUACUGGCGGCCAGAAGAAGCCACAGAGAAGGUGAAGAGCACAACUGGCGCGGGCAACAGUUUCCUUGGUGGCCUGUGUGCCGGUCUAGCGUUGGCGGGCCGUGACAUCUUUAAAGCUGCUGCAUACGGGAGCGUGUCAGCGUCUUAUGUUGUUGAGCAGCAAGGCCUACCGGCGGCGAGUGUGGAAGGUGGCAAGGAGCUAUGGAAUGGGGACGCGCCUGCAGCUCGCCUUGCUCGCUUGCUACCAUGA